GAAAGUUGGUGUUUUUGAGCGUGUAGGAGAGUUGGGUAGUGAUGAUAAUCAUGUGAGUGCAUGUGCAUCGAGUUGUAUUUUGAUGACAUGUCCUCUAACUUAAGCUAAACCCUAAUUAUCCAUCAAAAACAACAUUAAAAACACCCUUGUGGACACUUGUCCAAUUCUCAUCCAAUUCUUUUGAGAGAGAAAAGGAGAACCUUCUCAGAAGCUGUAAUCUCCAUUUUAAGCUAUAUAUAAAGGUCACUAACCUCUCUGUAUGUCUAUAUAAACUAUAAUUAAGGGCGUCUCAUAUUUGCAUGCAUCACAAUAUAUCAUCUUUUAAAGAGUUGUUAUCACUUGUCUAUACAACAUUCUUUCGUUUACAAUAAUAUGGGAGUAACAACAUUAGAAGGACAAAGAAAGGAAUCAAUUUGGGUUUUGAUGAGACGACAAAGGGCUCGAAGGGCACUUGUGAAGAAGAUCAUGAUCCGACCGAGGAAGAGUCUAGAAGCUUCUAGAAGACCUUGCCGCGCAAUACACAGAAGAGUCAAGACGCUGAAAGAGCUUGUUCCCAACACCAAAACAUCAGAAGGUUUGGAUGGACUCUUUAGACAAACGGCAGAUUAUAUUUUGGCUUUGGAAAUGAAAGUGAGAGUUAUGCAGACAAUGGUUCAGGUUUUGACCGAAACUAACUGUGUUUAAAAUCCUUCAUAUAUUUUUUGUAUAUCUUAAUUAAUUGUUGGAUUUUACGUGUUUUUAGUUUUUAUUUGUUUGUGUUUAUUUUCUAUUAUCUCGUGUGACUGUCGUGUGUUGCUAUAUAGAAAAGGAAUUUGGUUUUAUCUUGAUGAUGUAGACUUCGCAAGAAAAAUAUCGAAAAAUAUAUAUAUCAUAUGCUUAGCUAAAUGACAGAUGACUGUUGUUUCGGGGAAAA